UAUCACAUAGUUGUUCUGUUAAUUUUUUCAGUGUAAAAAUUAAUUAAUUAUUCAAAAUCUUUUAUUAAAAAUUAACUCAUGAUGCUGGCAAAUUCAGUAGCAAUGUUUACCAUUGCAUGUAGCCUUUUUCAGCUUGGUUUUGGUGGAGUUCCUCACAGUGCAAUACCUGUGACUAGUCUUCCACCGAUUGAAAUGCUGAAUACUACACUAUCAACUAUUGCACCAAUUAUACCAGAUGAAACGUCGACGAUUCAAACAGUUGAGUCAUCAACAGAAUUAUUAGAAAAAAUCAGAGAUAUUAUGGGAGUGAAAAAAGAUAAUGUAAAAAAUCAAGCAGUUAAUGUAUCAAAUGAUAACGCACAAGUUAAACAAUAUUUUCAACUACUGAAAAAAAAUAUAGAAUUAGAUUUACAUGCAAAGUUUGAGACUCUUCAAUCACGUGUAUUAGAGCUUGAGAAUGAUCAAAAUCAUCAACGAAAUAUCAUCAAAGAAAAGGAUAUUUUGAUCUCUGAAUUAUCAUUGGGAACCCUGGAACUUAGUGCCAAAUUAUAUCAGAGUCAAGAAAAACUAUUAAAUAUCACUGAAAAAUAUAUAGAGCUGGAAAAAUCGUAUUUAACUGUUCAAAAAAAAAUUGAAACACAUAAUGACGAGCUAGAUAAUGAAAGGAAAAAACAUUCAGUUGAAUUACUCAAUUCAAAUACAGAAAUUGGCCAAUUAAAAGAGAACAAUAAAAAAUGCACAGAUCAACAAGGAGUAAUGGACAAAAGUUUAGAAACUGCAAAAUCAGAUUUAGUAAAAAUUAAAGAAACACUAUCUAUGAAGUCAGCUGAAUUGGAUGAUCUCAAACAAAAACAUUCAAUUGAAUUACUCAAUUCAAGCACAGAAAUUAGACAACUAAAAGAGAAAAAUGAAAAAUGUAUGGAUCAACAAGGAGAGUUGGAAAAUAGUUUGAAAACUGCAAAAUCAGAUUUAGUAAAAAUCAAAGAAACACUAUCUGUGAAGUCAGCUGAAUUAGAAAAUCUUAAACAAAAAAAUUCAAUUGAUUUACUCAAAUUAAAUACGGAAGUUGGGAAACUAAAAGAGAACAAUAAAAAAUGUACAGAUCAACAGGAAGAGUUAAAAAGAAAUUUGGAAACUGCAAAAUUAAAUUUAGUAAAAAACAAUGAAACACAAUCACAAGCACUUGAUUCAAAGUCAGCUGAAUUAAAUGAUCUCAAACAAAAAAAUUCAAUUGAAUUGCUCAAUUCAAAUACGGAAGUUGGCCAGCUCAAAGAAAAAAAUGAAAAAUGUACAAAUCAACAGGGAAUGUUGGAAAGAAAUUUGAAAGAAAUCAAAGAAACACUAUCUAUUAAGUCAGCUGAAUUAGAAAAUCUUAAACAAAAAAAUUCAAUUGAUUUACUCAAUUUAAAUACGGAAAUUGGUCAAGAAAAAGAUAAAAAUAAAAAAUACAUGGUUCAACAGGGAAUUUUGGAAAAGGAAUUAAAAGAAAACAAAGAAACACUAUCUAUAAAAUCAUCUGAAUUAGAAAAUCUUAAACAAAAAAAUUCAAUUGAUUUACUCAAAUUAAAUACGGAAGUUGUUCAAGAAAAAGAUAAAAAUAAAAAAUGCAUGGAUCAACAGGGAGUUUUGGAAAAAAAUUUGGAAACUACAAAAUUGGAUUUAGUAAAAAAUAAAGAAGCACUAUCUAUAAAGACUGCUGAAUUAAGGAAUCUUGAAGAAAAAUCAACAGCUGGAUUCAAAUGGGUUAAAUAUUUGGGUAACCAUCAAGUUGAGCCUGACAUGGUUGAGAUUGGUGUUGAUCAUGAUGGUUUAAAACUUGUUAUUGGUCGUGCAUCUCAUAAUGGUGAUAUUUUACCAGCAAAAGUCAAACCUGAACAUGGUGUUGCUUACGUUUCUUAUAAUGGUGUAGAGUAUGGAAAAACAGAUUAUGAGAUUAUGUUUCAAACUCAUUUUGAUUGGGUACGUGUUGAAAAUGGGCAUGUACCAUCAGACGCUGUUCCAGGUGGUAAAACAAUUGAUGGUAAAAUUCUAUACGUUGGUCGUACUAUUCAUGAUAAAGUUUACUGUGCUGGCAAGGUUGAUCCUAAAUCCAAUAAACUAUUGAUUCCUUAUGGUGGAAAAGAAAUAGAGUACACUUCAUAUGAAGUUUUGGUAAUGCAUUGAUAAUGCAAAUUUUUUAAAUGACAUUUUUAAUGUAUAAAAAAAUGGGCUUUAUACUUCAAUAAAUGAUCAAAUGGGAAAAAAAUAAAAUACAAACUACUGGCUUUGUAAAAUUAACUUUUUUACUAUCAAGAAUUUUUUUCACUAUUAUUGAAAAGCAAAUGAUUAAUAAUCUUGAAAAUUGAAAAAAAUGUAAAUCACAAAAUUUAUAAUAAACAUAAACAAUAAAAUAAAAAAACUAAAUUUUUUAUUUAAUUUUUAUUAUAAAAUUUAUUUGCAUCUCUCUUCCAAGUCAAUUUUCUCAUACGAUAUAGUUUCCAUUAUUAAUAAUUGUGUCACAAUUUAAAGAACAAGCAACAAUAAGAUACUUUAUUAUUCGUUUAUCUAAUUUGUGACAAUGUUAUGCUUACAGCUGUAUCGAGCUUUUUUUUUACAAUUUGGUAUCACGGGAAUUUACGUGUGUCGUAAUGUUUUGAUAAAUUUUAUAAUUUUGAUAUUGAUAACCUCAUCCAAGGCUAACUUUUUUUUUGUGUGAAUAUAUUUUUAUCAAAAUUUAUGUGUCGUCUAAAUUUACUUUAUACAUGUAGUAAAAAAUGUUAAU